GAGAGUCCCCUUAAGCCUACGUGACAACUCACAUACUGUCCCUUUGUGACCAGCUUAAUCGGCAGAAUGCCCGGUCUGUGUAUGCUUUGUCUUGCCGCCGCGCUGGCUGCGGUCGCCCGGCUCGUCGGCACUGUGGGGCCGGUGGUCCGAUGCGAGCCGUGCGACGCCGGGGCGCUCCUGCAGUGCAAGCCCCUGCCGAAGGACUGCGCGGAGCGGGUGAGGGAGCCCGGCUGCGGCUGCUGCAUGACGUGCGCCCUCGGCGAGGGACAGGCGUGUGGAGUGUACACGGCGCGCUGCGGCUCCGGCUUGACCUGCCAGCACCAGCCGGGGGAGAGCCGACCCCUACAAGCUCUGCUGGAGGGACGGGGAGUGUGCUCCAGCGCUCCGUCCAAAAGACUCAACAGCAUUCUCAUACCGGCACAAAAACCAGAGAAUGGUGAAAAUCAGGUAGAAGAAGGUUGUGCCAACGUGACCCAGACGAUGACUGUGUUGCCCGGCGUGGCGACUGUGAAGGGCGGACACAGACGAGGGUCGAUAGACACCAGGCCUACGCUGCACAACAAGCUGAUCCAGAAGGAUCAGAACAGGAAGACGCAGAGCUACAAGGUGGAGUCCGUGUCAGGAGGAGCCAAUAUGGACAUGCACAACUUCUCCCUGGAGAGCAAGAGGGAGACUGAGUAUGGACCAUGUCGGCGGGAGAUGGAGAGCAUCCUGAACAGUCUUAAAAUCAGCAACGUGCUCAACCCGAGAGGCUUCCGCAUACCCAACUGUGACAGAAAGGGCUUCUACAAGAAAAAACAGUGCCGUCCGUCCAAAGGCAGGAGGCGGGGAUACUGCUGGUGCGUGGACAAAUACGGACAGCCUCUGCCCGGCUUGGAUGGCAGGGAGCGGGGCGAGACGCAGUGCUACAACCUGGAGAGCAAAUGAGGGGGACGGAGGGACAUCGAGUGGAUGGAGAGAGGAAGACAGCGAAUAAAGGGGUUGGGGUUAGGAGAGGGGAUAAAGACAGAGAGAAAGAAAGGAAGGAAGAAAGAGAGCCUACUUUGCUCUUGCAUGUAGUUUUAUGUAAACAUUUGAAGGAGCUCUGGACCUUUGAUUUCAGGUCCCAUUUCUGUCAGAGAGGGAGGGGAGGGGGGAAAGGGUGGAGCACAGCCUGUGCGACCGGCCAAGACUCCUGUCCAUCACAGCUAUCUGGCCUGUGCUUAGGGAACCUCUAUCCUUUCCUUAAAAAAAAAAAAAAACGAUAAAGCUGAAAGCUGACAGAGAAGAGGGGAAGAAAGAGAGAAUCCUAUCAUCUGCACUAUUCUUUUAGAGAGAGAGGAAGGAGGGACUUUUCCACUCACUUUAAAGAGGACUUUGUUUGUGACUGACCCUGAAAAAACCGCACCACCACCGUUUCUAUGUGUUUGUCUGUCUGUACAUGUGUGUGUGCUAAUUGCGUGUGUCUUUAUGUGUGAGCACCUACGUGACGAAAUGUAACAUAACGUGAGCAUCCGCUCACACAGACAUGAGUGAGCGGAUGCUUUAUUUGUAUAAAUACUGUAAGCUCAGUUUAGAGAUGUCAGACUGCCCAUCCCGAGCCCCCGCUCCAUUCAACAAUGCAGAAAACAAAAACACUCUCUGGCUCAGGGUCCAUUUUGAAGUGAAGGAUUAUGGGACAGUUAGGCUUUGAUGUUUUGUCCAGCAUGAUGGCCACCAAAAGGCCCUCCUUGCUGCCUCUGGAUUUUCCCUGGGAAGGGAACGGAGGCAGUUACAGUGCCUUAAACAUCGACCUUUCUGAGCCUUCUCCCUCCCCCACCCUCUGUGGUCCUCGACUAAAGGAAUACCUUACUGAAAACUUACCUUCUGAGUAUUGAAAGCUUGAAAUGUACAUGGCUCUAAGAAAAUUGUAGCUACAGCGGCUGUAGUUGUUUUGGAUUUACAGCAGCUAAAAAUGAUUUGAAGAUGACCCAGUAAAAAAAAAAAAAAAACAGCAUUAAAACAUACAAACUUCUGAAACUGCUCCUGCUACACAAUCCACUUCUUCGCUGUUGAUUCGUUGGCUGAUAGCCUCACAUUAAAUGUAAAGUAAACUAGUUCUGCCAAGUGUGGAUAGUGUGACAUGGACUCUGCUGUGAAGGAACAAACUGAAAGGAUGGACCAACAUGGAUCAAGCUGUAGAUUUUGCCAAAAUAUUGGCCUGGUUCCAGACCUUCAUCUCUUUUAUUUUUCCACUGGUUGAUUGUGUUCAUCAAUGGCUUCUCAGCAUUUGAGGAGCUUUGUGAGCUGGAAUAUCAAUGGAGUCGUCAUCUUCCUUCAACAACCUACACCCCAACGAUUUAUAGAAAUAACAACUCUUAAAGUUGCAUGUUUCUUUAGUUUAAACCAAAACAUUUUCUUGGCAUCUGCCACCAGAGUGUCCAUGAAAUGUCGCUACAAGAGCCCCUUUUCCAUUGGUCAAAAAACCCACUAAGACCCACUAACAUUAGGCUUUUGUCAGCAAUGGAAAAGGGUUCAAUCGGCACUCACACCCGGGUCAAAUGACUCUGCAGUAGAUGCAGGUAUUUAUCGGCUUCGGCUCCGAUCGGCAUUGAUGUAAACACAACACCACGGGUGAACAUGCAAGUUUUUCGCCACCCCUUUUCCAUUUUUCAGA